GUAAAGGGUAGAAGGUAGAAUGAUAUCAGAAAAGUUACCAUUUCUUAAUUUAAGCGAAGUAGUUCCAAAUUUGUCCCACUGUGACAUUUAAAAUAGCUGUCAAUUAGUAAAAAAAACAAAAAGGUGCUCUCAAGCUGUUACCUCUUGGGCUGUUGCACAUCUUUGGAGACUAGGUUGUGACAAACUGUGUUGAGUAGAUUGAAUCUAUGAGAAAAGAAUGUAUUUUCAGCUCAGCUUGUGCUGUCUCCAGACAGCAUUGCAUCUGAAGCUGUACUAUGGAACAAAAAGGAGCACAGCUACACAUGUAUUUCAGAAUGGUUUUUGCUAGUAUUAAUUUCAAAAGGAAGGGAGCUAAUGAUAAAAUGCUCAGAUAUGGAUCAGAACUUCCCCAUCAUUUUUAAAAAGGAGAUGGAAGGGUUGGACUUAUCUUCUCAAUGUGGCCUGACUUGAUAUUCUUGUCACAUUGGACAAAGACAGGGAGGUUCCUGGUGUGAAUGUUGUUCUGAUUCUUGAUGAACUUUUACUUUACAAAAGCUGGUAGCAUUUAUUCAUGGUUUAAAAAGCUUGUGCUGGAAGAAAAAAAAGCUCUGACAUUUCUGCUUUGUCUUUUAAGUUUAAUUUUAAAUUCUACUUCUUUGGAAAAGCUGAGAAGUAUUAAAAAUAAAAUAACUGCUUAAUGUAGGCUAGAAUAAGAAGGGCUAUUCUGUAAUUAAGCCUGCUGAAUUUGUAUUCAUUUACACUAAUCUAAUUAUUACUUUCUUUGAAUGCUCUGCUGUGAGUCAAAAUAAGCUAGAGCUGGAUUUGAGAACCACAGAAUGAGAAAAUGCUGCAGGGAGGAGCGCUGGAUGGAGUCUACAGGCUGGUACAGUUUCACAUUCACUGGGGAUCCUGUGAAGGCCAAGGGUCUGAGCACACUGUGGAUGGUGUGAAGUAUGAUGCAGAGCUCCAUAUUGUACACUGGAAUGUAAAAUAUGGUAAAUUUGCUGAAGCUGUGAAGCAUCCUGAUGGUUUGGCUGUGGUGGGAGUCUUUAUGAAGGUGGGAAAUGCCAAGCCUGAAAUACAGAAAGUUGUGGAUGCUCUGAACUCCAUUCAAACCAAGGGAAAGCAAGCUUCCUUCACAAAUUUUGACCCCACUGGACUCCUUCCUGCAUGCAGAGACUACUGGACAUACCCUGGCUCACUGACCACUCCACCUCUGCUUGAAUGUGUGAUCUGGCAUGUGCUGAAGGAGCCCAUCACUGUCAGCCCUGAGCAGAUGUGCAAACUCCGUGGCCUUUGCUUCAAUGCUGAGAAUGAGCCCGUGUGCCAUAUGGUGGACAACUGGCGCCCAUGUCAGCCUUUGAAGAGCAGAGAAGUCAGAGCUUCCUUCCAGUAACCUCAGUGCUGAGAGCAUUAAAAGUUGCUGUGUUUGUGAGGGUGCCCUUUUGCUAAGCCCAAAUCAGACCUUUGCCAUGUGUGCCCUGGCAACAUCUUGUCUCCGAGAUCCAUUUUUUCUUUUGCUCUGCGUCUGAAAUGCCAGCUAAUGAAAUGUGAAAGGCUCUUGGCCAAAUGGGAGAGGGUUCUUAAGGUGUGGGGUUGGGGGAGGCAGGGGGUGGGUGCUGUGUGCAUUUUGAUGACUAUUACUGUGACUGACACUUUGGUAUAACAGUAUGUUGGCUGCUUGGGAGAGGAUAUGAUAGCAAAAUAAGCCAUUUUAAGAAACCUCAUCCACUGGUGUGAUAGUACACGUAACUAACAAUAACUUGAAGCUUUUUGAGAAGCACAGGAAUACAGAAUCUAUCUAUGACUUAGGAAAAAAAAGUAUUUUGAGAAAGUAAAGCAAAAUGAAUAUUUAGGAUUAGACUUCUUAGAUUUUAAGAAACUGACAUGUAAAUAUUUUUGAGACUGUUUUGCAUUUUUACCCAUGUUAUCGACAACCUUGGUUAUAUCUUAAUAGUAGUGUUGGAUUUUUUUAAUUAAAAAUGUUCUAAAUUAAGUAUUAUCUUUAAAAGUUGUUAUUACCAUAGAAAUAAUACAAAAUAUCUUUUCAUUGAAAUAAUAUAUGUUCUAAUUUAAAAAGGAAAAUAAUGUUGUAUUUUAGAUAACUUCUCUAAUAAAUCUAUACUUCUA